AUGUUCCGCUCCACCAUUGUUCGUUCCUUGAAGGCUUCCGCCCCCCGUGUCAUCAAGACCCCGGCUCCCUUCCACAUCCGCAGCUCCCCCAUUGCUGCCCAGGUCCCUCAAUUCACUCCCUGCUUCGCUCAGGGUGUCCGCCUCUACUCCGCCCCUGCCGGUCUGAGCAAGAACGAGGCCGAGGGCCGGAUAGUCAACCUGCUCAAGAACUUCGACAAGGUCUCCGAUGCCAGCAAGGCGACCGAAAACAUUCAUCAGCUAAACCCGUUUGACCUGCAGAUUAACGGCGCUUCCCACUUCUCGAACGACCUUGGUCUGGACAGCCUGGACACCGUCGAGGUCGUGAUGGCUAUUGAGGAGGAGUUCAGCAUUGAGAUCCCCGACAAGGAGGCCGACCAGAUCCACAGUGUUGAGAAGGCUGUCGAGUACAUCCUGGCCCAGCCCGAUGCCCACUAA